GAAGCAUGAUUGAAUACAUUUUGAAUGAAAAUCACAUACGCAUUGACAGAAGUAUAAGCUGGUUAGAAGGGUCACGAUGCAAUGAUAUGCAUUUUCAACCUCACGAAAGCCUUUCGUGGGUGUGCCAGCAUUAGAAGAGUGUAAAGCAAAGUCCUAUAAUUGUAGAGAGAAAUGGUUUGCUCACAUUCGAUGCAUUUACUUCUGCAAUAGACUGUCGAGUUUACGAGAAUCAAUGACCUUGUACCAUUAACUUGGUUAACUUGACUUGAGUAUAGUGUUAAUUUUUUUCAUGUACUAUAAGGCAAUUAUGAUGAAAGGGAAGUUAAACGGUAUUCUGUCGKCAAACUCAGCAGCUGAAACAACAACUGACUUCGAUUGAUGAAAAAUGGCUAGACCUUUGAAAGCACUACAAUGGCACACAUUUGAAUAAAAUCAAUGUUAGAAUAAUUUUUWHGGUAUAAUGGAAACAUUCUCCCCUGCAUUAGUUAUCCGUUGCUGUAUUUGCAGGUUGGACUAUAUGUUUAUGUAAGCUUUUGUUCGUUGUUUUUAAGAAAAUUGUCAAACUGUUGUCAAACUACUCAAGAAAUCAAGUUUGACAUCCGUCCAAUUGAAGUGUGAGGCACGCCUUGCAUAACUGCACGCGAAGGAGACUUUUUUGGCGAUGCGUGACAAUUUUUUGCUUUUUUUUGGACUUGUCACUUUUGUUCGUGCACAAUGUUAUGGUAAAAGAAUGCUAUUGCGAUAAMAAGGGCACGCGAUUAAUGGGACCGGCUGCUAUAAAAAAGGCGGUAUUGUGUUGGAUUGCCAAAUUCACGUUAAACUGUAGAUUGAAUAAGUACUAAGAUUGCAAGAGACAUGCCACCUAAAAGUAAUAUGGUAUUGAUCAAGUGGAAAACACCAGGUCGUUGGUACAAUUGUGAGCAGGAAGUCCAUAGGACAAAAAUUGAACCAAAGGAAGGUCUCCUAGAAGUCGGUCAGCAAGUACGAGUGAAAUUCAGUAAAAGUUGGAGUCCAGCUGAGAUAUGCCRYCCUUGUGGUGUAAAAAGCACAGAGGUGAAUACUUCUGACGACGAAGACGACGUGCCACUCAAAGAAAUCAUGAAAAGGACGAAGCCGGAUACCAUGACACCCGAAGCCAAAAUGUAUCAAGAAUACACGGAGAGACGAAACCGUUCCCUUCUACCAACUGCAGCCAACUCAGCUAGUGUGCAGAAAAACGCUACUGACGUCCUUUCCACUCAAAAUGAAAAGGCGACCAGCUCACGUGAACAA